ACGGAUCAUGGUAGAUCAAACAUUGUCUGCAUUGGGGAGUCUGGCACGUACCAGCGAAGUACACAAGAAGUCCGACAUCCUCUAUAUGGCAGUCAGUGCAGGUCUGGUUAAAAUUAGACGGGGGAAAAACCUUGGCGGUACUUUAGGAAUGGCAAAUAAGGGAAAGGCCUGCAGGAAUGGCAAAGCUGCCUUAGGGUUGGACCGGCCUGUUACCUUUUCCGGUGUCCAGACGUCGGCUCAUGAAAUCGCUCAUUUGUUGAACGCUGACCAUGAUGGUCACGGCACAGCAAAGAACUGCUCAGGUGAUGAGGGUUACAUAAUGAGCAGCCCACGAAGGAACGGGAAUAACAGCUGUGCAUUUUCCAACUGCAGCAAGAAUGACAUCGCCGACUUUUUGACGUGGCGAUAUUCAAAAUGUCUAUUUCGAAAAGACGUAUGCCAUGUCAUUUUUCUACCAAACAAGGCGGCAGACCUUCCAGGGGAUGUAAUGGAUGGGCAAACAUUCUGUACUGAAUACUACAGGGAACCCAGAUACUUGAACUCCACUUAUAUAAAGGUGAAUCAAUGA